UUGAAGAAGAAGAAUAAGCUAUAAUAAUGCUGUGUGUUUCUCAGCAUAGUCAUCACGUUUUUUUUUUCGAAAAAAAAAACCCAGCAUCUGGGGCUGUUUCUUAUUCCAGCUUGUGAUUACGGCGAGCAUAGAUACGUCCCGUAGUAGUGAUGGGCUACUAUUUCCUUCUUGGCACGGUUCCCUCUUCUGUUUACUUUUGGCUUUCUUCGCUUUUCUUCUUCUUUUUCUUUUCUUCUUCUUCUUCCCCUUUCCACACAUGAACCGCCAUUCGAUGUUUUCGCAACAGACGCCCCCGCAACGAGCACGCACAGCACCCAUAUCUGGCGGUGGUGGCGAUCCUAUGUAUUCCAUGAUGGGUGGUGGUGGCGGCGGCGGCGGCGGCGGUGGUAUGAACGACCAUCAUUACGGCGGCAACCAACACGGCCGGAACGGAAACGGCGGAGGCGGCAUGAUGAGCAGAAAUUCAAUGGACGGAUUACGGCAGAAACUUCGAGACCACGCCGGCUUCAACUCGAUGGAUUCUUCAUACGGCAAAUCCGGCAGCGGAGGAGGAGGAGGAGCAGGCGGCGGCGGCGGAGGAGGCGGUGGUGGUGGUAGCGGUAACCAUCACUACGGGAACGGUAACGGCGGAGGCGGACAUCAAGGCCGGAACAAUAAUAACAUGAUGCAGCAAUCUUCGAUGAUGCCAUUUGGCGCCAAUUCCCGGAACGAUUCUUUCUAUGGUCAGCAGAGCCAUAAUCAUCGAUCACACAGCGGCUCGCACAAGCGCAAUCUAUCCGGCGGUGGAGGAAUGGCCAGAGGCGGCGGCGGCGGAGGAGGAGGAGGAGCCGAUGGCAUGAUGAUGAUGGGCGGUAUGUGUGGCGGAGGAAUGAUGCCGUCCUCGACGUCCGGAAUGAUGAUGCAGCAGCCGUUUAUGAACCCGUCGUCGUCGAUGAUGAUGAUGCAGCAACAGCAACCAAUGAUGGGCGCGGGCAUGAUGGGCGGCUUUUCCGGCGGCAGCAGCGGUUAUGGUGGAGCCUACGGUUGUGGUGGUAUGAUGUACAACAACGAGCCGGGACUUGAUUCUAUGCAUUAUCAGCAGCCUCCAUCGCUGUACCACCAGCAGUAUGGCGCCCUGAUGGAUCAAAUGAUGCCUUCUCAAUUUAAUUCGUACGGUGCCAGUCCUUACCAGAUGCAUAUGCCCAUGAACGGCAUGUACGGUUCCGGUGGAGGAAUGCGGGGUUAUCAUCACCAGUCGUCGCCCAUGAUGAUGCCCUACGAUAUGAUGGAUCAACAGCCACCGUUUUUACAAGGAGCUGCUGGCGGUGGAUAUGGGGCGGGUGGUCUUCACUCCAUGUCGAGCUACGGCGGAGGCUACGGCGGCGGUGGUGGUGGUGGUGGCAUGAUGCCAAUGAUGGGUCACAACGGAUACGCUUCCAGAUUCUAUUAGACGAUAGCGCUAGUAUGUAACGAAAAGCAGUGAGAAAGAAAAAAAGAAACGUUCUCACGGCGUAUUAGCGACUGCCACUGUAUCUACUGUACAUAAUAUCUUACUCUUUAUUAUAAACUUCCUUUCUUCCUUUUUGGUUCCAUCACGCGGCACUGUGUGAUCU